UCUGACAAAUACUACUAUAAAGUUGGCACACAAUAUCCGUACACAUUUCAGGCGAUUUGUGCAGUUUAUCAGGCGAUUUGAGGUCUCAAAUCAGGCGAUUAUCAGUUAUUCGUGAUCAUCGAGCAAAUCGCUGAACAAAAUGCGUGAAAAGCAGUCAAAAUCCUCUUGUUCACCACCAAAUCAGCUCGAAAUCGAGCUUAUGCAUGCCGGAAAGAAGCUACUGCGGUUUUCGUACAUACCUGCGGUUAUUCACGAUGUUCUUGCUAAAUUGAAGGAAGAUCUGUUUAAGGUGGAACAAAAGCCUUCUGAAUCAAUGAAGAAGGCACUGCAUCCAGUAAUCGAGGCAUUGGUUGUUAAGAAACUGGUAAGGCAUGCUGAUAUGGAUGUGAAUAUUUCAGUUGCAUGUUGCUUUUGUGAGAUCUUGAGGAUCAAUGCACCUGAUUCCCCGUUCAAUCAUGAACAGUUGAAGGAUUUCUUUGAAAUGAUUGUAAACACAUUCGAGAAGUUAUCUUCUGCAUCGGGUGGAUCCUAUGUGAAAAUGGGACGAGUUCUCAACAUAUUUAGCAGAACAAGAUUGUCCGUUUUGAUGUUGGACCUGCAGUUGGAUGGAGCACGGUUAAUAGUUCGAUUAUUUAAACAAUUCUUAACCGUUGCUGACUCGAAUCCUUCUGCAAUUGUACUCGAGAUGGAGAAAAUAAUGAGCAUGAUCAUAGAGGAAAGUACGGAGCUGAAACCCGAGCUUGUAGGUCUUCUAGUGAAAUUUUCAAAAAACAAGAAUAAGAGUGCUUCACAUGAUCGUUGGGGACUAGGGGAAACGGUUCUCAUGAACUUUGCUGCUCGAUUUAAACCACAUUUCGCAGAUAUGGGACGCGACGCCCUUUAUGACUACUGCAUAUCGGUUGCAUCGAGUUGUAAACGUAAGAUAAAAACCGAGUGUCAAGAGAUUGUAAUGUGUUGCCAACAUGAAGAACAAACCAAUUCCUUUUACGCGCCACCAAGCUCUGUAACAGAGGUGAAUGGAAUACACAAAAGGAACAACAACAAUCCAUUGGAAAUACAGGUUUCAUCUUCUCAGGGUGGCACAGUUUGUGUCCAAGGCUACGAAGUGAAGGAAAGCAAUGCAGACAUUCUUGAAGCCGUUUUCAGGAAAUACGGGGACAUAACAGCUGACUGUAUAUUCGAAACAUGUUUUAUGAGGUCAUCGAUCCUCGAGGCUGUUUGUGAAGUUGUCAGGAGAAUUCAAACCAAUGAAGUUGUUGAGAAAAUGGAAGACACAGAGCGCCUGGUGUCAGAUGCAGAGGCGGUCAACGUUGACGUGGCGUGGCUUCGGCCUCACUUAGAAGCCAUUCGAAAAAAGACAGAGUGUUUGGCAAGGUCAAAUAAGCUAAGGGAAACAAGAAAACACACCCUUUUGGUUGAAAUAGGGGCCCGAAAGGAUUUGAUAGAGAGGAGUGCAGAGGUCGUGGCUGCACUAGAACGGGUCGGGCAGACCGAAAGGUUGGUGAAUGUGCUCACUGUUUUCGAAAAGAAUCUGGAUGAGAAGCUGUUGGAAUGUAAAGCUGAACUAGACGGUCUUGACUCAUGGGUAUAGGUUUUUCUAUAAUACUUGAGAUUAGCUUGUUAAAGAUCACAAGAUUAUGAACUCAUUUAGAGUGAUGAUUGCUUGAUAUUAUCAUUAUCAUUAUCAUUAUCAUUAUCA